GCAGUCUUGGAUUGAUGUACUGGGGCAUCAAAUGCGCCAGAGGGAAUUCAGCUCUCCUCCUCUCUGGCGGGCUAUCUGACUACCUAAGCUCAGCCGCCGGGUUCAGCUUCUACGGAAAUGGAGGGACCUCUCAUGACUGCUGCCAAAAAGCAGCCCGUACGACGGGCUCAGCAAUGGGAAAUAUAUUUACCGGGUGGAAUGUUUUCCCCUGAGACAACCAUCACACCUGCCAUGUUCCGACAGCCCGAGUGCAUAACAAGGGCAAAGGUGUGGCCCAGUCUGUCCUGGCGUCCGUCAUACCUGCUUUUGCUUGUGCUGGUCGGGACCCUUUUGCUCGCAUGGGCUCUUGGACGAGCCGUUGCACAGGAUGACGAGCGGUCACGUCCCACGACAGGCCCGGAGGCGAGGGGGUUGGUUGCCACGAUGCUUCCGACAAACACCUUCUCGUCGAGGACUGGCUCUGUCGGCCCGGCCCAUCUGGCGCUCCCAAGGGCUGCGCGUUUUACCUAGAAACCCUCUUCGUGUCACGCCGAGUCUCACUCAGACGCGUAGUGCCGGAUACGGGGAAAUGUAGGACGGAGGAAUGUGUGAGGGAUGCGUGGUUGGGGCUGAUUUAGGUUGGCGGAUUGGGAUGGCGAAGCUGGGACGUUGCGCUGUCUCCUGCAAGUCCUUUUCCUUUCGUCUUCUUUCCUGGCCUCGCCUUGCAACUUUGCUUGUGCGCUGUCUUUCAUGUUCACGUCUUGGAAAUUAUGUGACGGCAGGCUGCCUCC